UGUGGUAGAGAGUGUGUGUUUCUCUUUGAGGGACAUUAGUGUGUGUAGAAGAAUCAGUGAGGAUGGGGUGUUUGUAUCUUCUGCUUGUGGCGUUUCACUUCAAUGCAGGCUGCUCUCUCUCAGGUGAACAGAGUAUAAAAGAGGUCAGAGGACACACUGGCGGCUCAGUAGUGCUGCCCUGCUCCUGCACUGACCUACAGACCAAACCUCAGAGAGUCACCUGGCAGGUCUAUAGAGGGAAAGAGUGGACUGAAGUGUUCAGUGCUGAUGAGUACAGAGACAGACUUCAGCAGUUGAAUGAGGAGUCUCCUGCUAAUCUCUCUCUGCUCAUAUCUGACCUGAGAGAAGAAGAUGAGGGAGACUACAGGUGUCAGACUGAGAAGGAAAGCAGAUUCUUCAGUUUGUUUGUUAAAGGUUGUGAUCUGGUGAAGAGCGGAAUGACAGAGGAGGUGACGAGGUUCUCAGGAGAGUCUGUAGUCCUGCUCUGCUCCUGCACUGACCUACAGACCAAACCAAACACUGUUAAAUGGGAGUUUGGUUUAAAAAAAUCUGUAAAUCUUCACUUUGAUGAAAUAUACUCUGCGCAAACUGGACAGCACCGAGACAGGGUCCGACUGACCAAUAAGAACUCAGGAAACCUCUCUCUACUCAUGUCAGACCUGACUGAAGAGGAUCAGGGAGACUACAGGUGUUCAGUCCAGGGAGAUUUUACACGUAUCAGACUUCAAGUUAAAGUGAGAGAAACUCCAACACACUUAUGGACAACAGACCGAACAACAACUCCAUCAGUCUCUCCAUCAGACCUGCCCACUACACAUCAGCAGGCAGUCGACCUACAGCCAACACCAUCAGUAGAUCCUCCAACUACAUUGUCAAAAUCACCCACCACAAACCAACACACAACAUUCAGUCUACAGCUAGGUCUUGGGAUCCUCGUGGUUUUGCUGCUUCUGUUAUUUGGAGUAGUGAUGAUCACCUGCUGGAGACACAGAGGAAGGAGAAGUAGACAGAACGUAACCAACAAAGUACAUCUGGACCUUAACAGAAAGCAGGAGAAUCAGACCGUUUCUGAUGAUGUGACAUACUCUAAGGUAACCCACAGUAACACGGCCACACCAGCACGUGUUCAGAUCAGCACUGGAGAGCAAACUGAAUAUGCCUGCAUCAAAACAAACUAAACCAAACUAUGAGCAUGGGUGUGGUGUCUUUAAUGGAGAGCUCUACUGCAGAGAGUUCCCCUAAAAAGCACAAACAAAGUGAUGCUGGAAUGCUGUAUCCCAAGCAGAAGAGUGGCAACUUCCAAAGGUGUGGUGUGGCAGUUUUGGCUACUGUGAUGAAGCAGACUCAGGAACUUGAGAAGGAUCCAUGUGCAGAUUUAUUAACAAAAAGGGCAGUCACAAAUACACUGUCAAAAGGCAAAGCAAAAAGGGUCGUAACAGAGAAAAAAAAACAGGCAGACAGAGCAAAAGGGACAAAAGGCAAAAGCAGAUUCCAAUAGUUCAGGCAGAGGCUCAAAACCCCAGCCAGACAGACGAAGCAAACACUCAGUAGUCAGACAGAAAGGAACAGGCAAUACUUCACACUGACUGGCUGAAUGGGUGGAGUAUUUAAGGUGUGACUGAUUAAGGAGAUAAAGGUACAGGUGGUUUGAUUUGGGAACAGGGCGAGAGAGAGUGACCAAAUAGUGAAUUGCUGACGACUACACACUGAGCACAUCUCUGUAUUUUAACAAUGUUAUAUUGUAUAACACGCAUUCUAUGUACAACCUUUUACUGAAUUAACUGUAUGUUUGUAUUCCUGCUCAUUGUGAAGGUGUUUUUACAGAUUAUUUCCAGUAUGUUGUAAACAAGUAGUAAUGUGUUGAUUCUAAAGCCUAGAUUAUGUUUUAUGGGUAUGAAUAUGCUAAAAAUCAUUUGUUCAUCUGUUAAAGUUGUGAUGAUCUGUGUUUUUCAUUGAGGAAUGGUAAAUCUAUAGUCUCCUUGUCUCCAUCGAACUAAGCAUUGAAGCUGAUUUGCAAAGUAAUAAUGUUGAAAAUGUUGUGCUCCAUGAUCCUCGUCUCUUUGUAAUGUUUUGAGUUCUAUUCAUUAUUUGUUUUCUGUUUUUUUUUGUUACUCCAUUAUAACUUGGAUGUCAAUGUGUCUAAUGUACUGAAUCAUUACAAACAGUAUCAUUUUUGAAGUGUCUUUUUACUUGUGGUAAUACACCCUACAAUAGAAAUAGGUAAGUUCAUCCAGUGAUUUAAACAAGCUGUUGUUUUUUAAUAGUAAUGUAAAAUGUCUUCUAAUAAAUUUCUCUCUGGCAA